GGAACUGAGCUGCAGCAUCAAAGCGCUUCCAGUUGAAAAAUAUCACAAUGGGAGGAUGAGGCGUUAUUCUCAUGGUGCGUGUGUUUCUCUCACGUUGCGGGUUUCAUCUGGAUGUUUUUCUGAGGCAGGAAAAAAGUGACAUUUGCAAACGUUCUCUUCUGGGUUUUCUUUUAACUAGAAAAUUGUGAAACUGGAGCCAUCACAAUGAGAAGCCCUCCACGUUGAAGAGACGUAUUUGUGAGUCUAUGAAGACAGGCCCAACAUCAGCAGCUGCCUGGUUAUGAAAAGCUACUUCCUGUUCGCUAAGAGGCUCGUCACCAGAUGUUCGAGGCGUUUUCUCUCCACAGACGCCUGUGCUGGGGAGUCCUCUACUUGUUGGCAGUUGGAGUGGCAGUGACUUCAGAAACACGCCGGUCGUGUCCACAGUCCUGCCGCUGCGACGCCGAGCUGCUGGAGGUGAACUGCUCUCGUGGCCAACUCAGCACAGUCCCAGACGAUCUCUCUCCAGACGCUAAAACACUCAACUUAACUCACAAUAACAUAAAGACUCUGGUGCAUCAGCAGUUCCAGAGUUUGACGCAACUUUUAGAUUUGGAUUUGAGCGACAAUCUUCUUGCAGUAGUUGAACUGGAGGCCUUUCUCGGCCUGCGAAGCCUGCUGGCGCUGCGUCUCGCCCGCAACCGCCUCAAGAUCAUUCCUGUGGGAGCGUUUGCCGGUUUGCCAAACCUGCAGCUACUGGACAUCAGCAGCAAUGAGAUCCUCGUUCUCCUUGAUUUCACUUUCCGUGACUUGGCAGCCCUACAGUGUCUUAAAGCAGCGGAUAACGACUUUGUUUUCAUCUCUCAUCAAGCGUUCGCUGGACUAGUCGGUCUACAGGAGCUGCACCUCGACGGCUGUAACCUCACUGCUGUGCCAACGGAGGCGCUCACACAGCUAGGUGUACUGAGGAGCCUUCGUUUUCACCGCCUGGGCCUCUCCACGCUGCCAAACUAUUCUUUCCAUCAUCUCGUGCGCCUCAAAGAGCUGGCCAUUUCUCAUUGCCCCUGGUUGGAGACGCUGUCAGGAAACAGCCUCUUUGGCCUAAACCUCUCAUCCCUCACUAUCACACACUGCAACCUCAGUGCCGUGCCCUACGUCCCUUUGCAUCAUCUUGUAUAUCUUGUACACCUCGACCUUUCCUUUAAUCCGAUCACUUACAUUCACGGGAACCUGCUUGGAGACUUGCUGCGGCUCCAGGAGCUCCAUCUGGUCGGCGGAUCGUUGUUACACAUCGGAAUUGGAGCAUUCAGAGGGCUAAGUCAUUUCAAGUUGCUGAAUGUAUCCAGAAACCUUCUCACCACACUCGAGGCAGGUGCUCUUCAAUCAGUGAACAACCUAAAAACUUUGGGACUAGAUAAUAACCCACUGGCAUGCGACUGCCGUUUGCUGUGGGUGGUGCGAAGACGCCUGUACCUGGACUUUGGCGGACAGUCUCCGACUUGCACUACCUCUCUCCAGCUGGAGGCCUGGAAUUUCCUGGACUUUUCUGACGCUGAGCUUCCCGGCCUGCUCACCUGUAGCCAGCCGCAGAUUCUGAACCGCACACCUCAGGAAGUGAAAGUAGAUCAGGGACACACGGUGGUGUUUUACUGCGAUGUGGAAGGUGACCCUCUGCCGUCUGUAAGCUGGCUAAACCCACUGCUAAGACCUUUAUCGCCUACUGGUAGAAUACGGACUCUCUCUAAUGGCUCACUGGAGGUUCGCUAUGUGCAGCCUCAAGACAGCGGCACUUAUCUCUGCGUGGCAUCUAAUGCGGCAGGAAAUGACAGCCUGGCCGUCAGCCUUCGCGUCCGAGCCUUUUCCAACCCCUCUCGUUUUAAAGCUUGGUUUGCCCUCCCGUCUGCCGCUCCUGGUGUGAAUGAAAAUCAGAAACACCCAUUUGAUGUCAAGACUUUGCUGAUAGCAGCAGCCAUUGGGUUUCUUUCAUUUUUCAGUUCUGUGAGUGUUUGUUUCAUUUUCAUGUUCUUCUGGAGUAAAAGCAAAGGCCAAAUAAAGCACACGGCCACCAUCGCGUAUGUGCCACGCAGUGCUGUGUCGAGCAGUAAUGGAGGCAAAGGAAAUUAUAUGGAGACAAGUAGGUUUACCAUGAAACUGAUAUGAGUCAAUAAAGAAAAUUGAAAGGUUUGUCAGCUGUAAAAUACUUGACAAGUACUAAUUAAUCACAGUUGAUUUUUAAUAGCAUUUUAACUUUAUAAAAAUUAUACUUUCAUGUAUAUGUGAGUACAUUACCUAAUAUUUCUGUUGCAAAGUGAAAGAAACACACACCAUACAACCCAGCCCUGCUGCUUUCUGCUCUUCCGGGAAAGAUAACAACCAAAGUAUGCAGAAUUAAAUAUGUACAAUGUAGAUUUAUAAAUUAAUUUGUUGAAAGCAUAUUGCAAAUAUUUCCCUUGUUAAGGUUUAUUCAUAGAAAUGAUUUAAGAUCUCAGUACAGAAAUAGUACAACAUUUCAUAUGCCUUUUCAGUUUUAUUGAUGUAGAUAUUGACCAAUUUACUGAAAUAAUUAUUGUAUGGUAGCUGUGAGAUAACAAAAAUAUAACAGACACCUUAUGUUAAGGUUAAGGUGCACAACACUUGCAUGUCUGUUCUAUUCUAAUUUAUUUGAUUUAAAUGUUUUGCUAUUAUUGACAUAUUUACUACAGUACUCAUUCUUUAUUCGGAUGUGUGUACUGUAUUUUUGUAUGUUUUUAUUUCCCCAAUAAAUCACUUCAUGUGUCUUCUUUAAAAAAACCCAGCAUACAAUAAAGUAAUUGUGCUUACAGAUAUGUCAUGUUGUAGAUUGUGGUGUCGUUAUUCAUGUGUUCUCGGUUCCAAACUUUACACACACACACAAAUUGAUUAAAUUACACGUAAUGAGAGAAAAUGUGUGAGACAGUUCGUUUAGUUAAUUUUCGUUAAGAUAAGAUGAUGAACAAAAAUCAUAAUUUUCAUCACAAAGUGGUUCAGCCAAGUCAUGUUGUUGCCAUGGUAACACCAUCAGCUCAGAGCCAGGCAUCAACAUCACUAGUUUCCAUGACGAUAGAACCAA